ACCUCUGCAGCAGCUGUACUUUCAAAUCUCGUGAAAGAGAUACGGAAUGAAACAGUUUGGAGUGAUCAGUCCGUUUGUGGUACAGUACAACUUGCAUGUGCCGUGGCCCUUCGAGCUCUUGCCGUGAGCCCGGCGGAUCAUUUAAACAUAACAAAUGUGGAAGUAAACGUGGAUAAAGUGGUUGAUCGAGCGAUCAAAAAUUUGGCAUUGGUGUUCAUUCGCCAUGGUAUUAUCGGAUCUGAUUCAUUCAAAAUGUGUAGUACACAUGUACGUGUGGUGGAUACAUUGCUGAAACAAAUAAUUGCCUUGUUUCCGGCAAAGGUAAGCUUCAGUCAGUUUUUCGGUGAUUAUCAAAUGGUUGUUAUUUAA